AUGGCCCUCCCAGCUUUCGUCUCGAACCACCGCUCACGCAAAGUACCACAAGAGAAAUCUACAGCACAUAUCUCUCCAUCCUCCUCCGGCCUUUCUCCUAACAAUGACGCUCUACAUCCUUCGCCCUCCACCGUCAGGGCAGCGACCCGCACUCGUCUCAUUUUCUCCCUCCUCACCUCUCUCCUCUUCCUCAUCGCCCUCGUCUUCCUCAUUCUCGUCGAGGUCGGCAACACAAACGCUCAUCGGGCAGUCGUGGGAAGCAUCUACUUUUUGAAGCUCGACCUCAGCCAUAUCAUUCCCCAAGCUGUUCCCCAGGCUACUCUCAUCAAUUCAAUCGCAAGAACAUUGGGGCUCCACGAUUUCUAUCAAGUUGGUCUAUGGAAUUACUGCGAGGGAUAUGGGAGUGGCAUUACGGAUUGUAGCAAGCCGCAAACGCUGUAUUGGUUCAAUCCGGUUGAAAUCAUUCUCAAUCAGCUACUCGCUGGUGCCACGACUUCUCACUGGAUGUUUGCACUCUUCUUGACUGGUGUUUCCACCUGCUUCGUUUCCAUCUUCCUCACCCCACUGAGUAUUUACACGCGCUGGGCGACUUUCCCCAUCGCCAUCUUCGCUUUCCUCAGCGCCCUCACAACGACUGCCGCCAGCAUCAUUGCCACCGUCAUGUUCAUCAUAUUCGAAAAGGUCAUCCACAGCGCCGAAGGCGAGGUUAACAUCGUGCCAGAGAUUGGGGUCAAGAUGUUUGCAUUCAUGCUUGUGUUGCUGUUGUGCCAGCAGGCGCGACGUGAGGCUAGGAAAGAAGACUGGGCGGGCAAAAGCGUGGAGAGAGCGCGGAGAAGUGCCGCCUCAUGA